GUUCAGAGGGAGUGGUGUGCUAGACACGCUCCCGGCGCCUGUGUCACAUUGAUUAUCAUUUUUACAUCCCUUGUGAGAAGCAUGCGGGGGCGAAGGUGACCCCCUCUUCUGGGACUUGAUCAUCUAAUUAUGCUCAGGUCCCGCCAUCAAAACCAGGAGGAGUACAUAGACAAGCGAGGGAUCCACGUUGUGGUGGGACACUACAUGGGUGACGACAUACCAGGGAAGACCACACCGAACCUUACUGAAGAGCUGCUGAACACCAAUGGGUUCUCGCCUCAGCCUACGGCGGGUGAGAAUGGUAACCCAGUGCACAUCCCCAGCUGGGAGGCGGCCAGGAUGCAACAACUGUACCACAUCAACAAAUUCAACUUGCUAGCUUCAGACCGUAUACCACUUAACCGCACCCUCCCGGAUGUUCGCAAGAAAAAGUGCCACGAGAAGGUGUACCGAGUGGAUCAACUUCCCUCUACCUCAGUGAUCAUCGUCUUCCACAACGAGGCCUGGUCCACCUUGCUCCGGACUGUGCACUCAGUCAUUACCCGCUCACCUCCCAGCCUCCUGGAGGAGAUCCUGCUGGUCGACGACGCCUCCCAGAGGACUUUCUUGAAGGAGCCGCUAGAAGAGUACGUGGCCAAGCUGCCGGUGUCGGUCCGUGUGAUCCGAUCAAGUGUCCGGACUGGCCUGAUCCGAGCCCGACUUCUAGGAGCACAGGAAGCCAGGGGCACUGUUCUAACUUUCCUAGACGCUCACUGCGAGGCCACUGCAGGAUGGCUUGAGCCUUUGCUGUCGAGAAUUGCAGAGGAUCGAACCCGGGUCGUUUGUCCCAUCAUUGAUAUCAUUCACGAGGACACUUUCCAGUACGUGCGCUCCUUCGAGCUCCACUGGGGCGCCUUCAACUGGAACCUACACUUCAGGUGGUACACUUUGGGCCAGCAGGAACUUGAUGUACGCAAGAAAGACAUCACUGAAGCAUACAGGACCCCAGCCAUGGCUGGAGGACUCUUCAGCAUCCACAAGGACUACUUCUACCAGCUGGGAUCCUACGACCGGAACAUGGACGUGUGGGGCGGUGAGAAUCUCGAGAUGUCCUUCAGGGUGUGGAUGUGCGGAGGGUCGGUGGAGAUUGCUCCCUGUAGCCACGUCGGUCACGUCUUCAGGAAGAGCUCGCCGUACACUUUCCCAGGCGAGGGUGGCGUCGGCGGCGUCCUCUACCGUAACCUGGCCCGUGUUGCACUCGUCUGGCUGGACGACUGGGCAGAGUUCUACUUUAAAAUCAACGCUGAGGCAGCGCGAGUGCGUGACGACGUCACAGUUCGCGAUAGACUCAUGCUAAGGGAUCGUCUCAGCUGCCACGACUUCAAGUGGUACCUUGACAACAUCUGGCCCGAGCACUUCUUCCCCAUGAAGGACAGGUUCUUCGGCAAGAUUCGUCACGAGCAGCUGGGUCGGUGCUUGCAAAGACCAGUGGGUCCAGGGGGAAGCAACCAGCCGACGGGACCAGCCCUGCUACGAGAGUGUGUCAUUGAGACCUUCCCUCUCCAGACUUUUGUCUUCACAAAGAAAGGGUACAUCAUGACGGACGAGAGCGUGUGUCUGGACGCCCCUGAUGCAGAUUCAGCCAGGGAGCCUCAGGUGCGCAUCAUGGCCUGCAACGAGUUUGAACGUCAAAGAUGGACUUACGAUGAGCAGAGCCGACUUCUGAAACACCUGAUGUCCGGACUCUGCCUGGACCUGCCCUCCAAGGCAAACCCGGAGACCCUCUCCCUACAAAAGUGUGACGCUUACUCAAGAAGUCAGAAGUGGCACUUCCAGCACGAGGACUGGACUAAAUCGCGGUGAUAUCACGUGAGAAAAAAUGUGAUUUAAUAAAAUAUGGAGGAGAUUAGACCUUCUGAAAAUCUUUGGAUAAUUAACUAGUUAGUACUCUUGGAGAGUAAAUAGGUAACUAACAGCAUAAAAUAUAAUCCAAAAGGAAGGACCUUAAUAUUGUGACGAGCUCUCACCUGCAGAGUUCUGUGUUUGUGAAUAAAUGUCUGUGAUACUUUAAACAUGAAUACGAAGGAAUAAAGUUAUAGCUCUAUUUUCCGGUUUAUACUCAGCAUUUCGAUGUUUGAUGCACUGUCAGCUACUCAGUUCUUACGAAUGACUGCCUGACGAGAUAUAAUCAGGCAUGUUAAAACGGAUAAAUAAACAUUUAAUUACAUGUAUUGCAACACAAAAGUGUAAUUAACGCUGGUCAGCGGAAGAAACGAACGCACAUGUAGACAAUAGAACUCAAAAUGAAUAUUGAAUAUUCCGUACUCUCACUGAAGCAGUUUUCAGAAGGAUCUUGGUAAAUGGCCGAAGUAUAUGGUACUCAUUACAUUAAUGGCAUUUAAUACCGUCAAGUUGACAAAGACACGUGUAACACCUGGGUAAAUAUAUUAUGUGGAGCAGAUAUAAAACUAAAACUCUAAAUAUCGACAAGGAUAACAUACCAGGAAAGACAAAAUAUAAAAAAAACAACAACGUCAGGUUGGAUGACGAUGCAGUUAGUCGAGAUUAUAGGUUUAAAAAUCGUAUUGACUUUAAAAUGUUUACAGUAACUAGUAACGUUGAUGACUAUGCUAGCUACACGCAAUCGCGGAGAGAACGCAAAAUAAAAAUAUGAAAUUCUCAAGAAGAAUUUAAAAAGAGAUUUCGCGCGAAGUCAAAGGUAAUAAAAAAAAAAUAAAGUAAGAUGUGAAUAAUGUUAAAGCAACGCGAGGACUUUAAAGCAGCGAUAAAGGCAGGAUAACAAAGGGCAGAGAUAUGUCGUUUAUUCUCGACACAGCCACUCAACGCAGCCACUCGACACAGCCACUCGACACAGCCACUCGACGCAGCCACUCGACGCAGCCACUCGACACAGCCACUCGACACAGCCACUCGACACGGCCUUCGGGCCGGUAUUUAGAGAUGAACAAGCACCAAUCUUUACAGGCCGCAAAAUAUGUUUUAAGAGACUGAGUAUUAGCGAAAUUAGUACCCCUGACAUACAGCACUUGGAGAUGCUAAAUAUUAAUUAACAAGUCAAACAGGCAUGAUCUACAAGCCAGUGUUAUAUAAUACUGUAGAUACUAAAUCAGUGAUAAUAUUUAAAAUUCGCUAGCACUAAAGGUGGCAAACUGGAAAUUAACAAAUGUUAAUCCAGUAUUUAAGAAAGGAAACAGAACCUGUACCCUCAACUAUUGACCCAUUAACUGAACGUCAGUAUGUGGUAAACAAAGAUUAUUAUUAGGGACAAGAUAGUAUUUACUGGUAAAUAUAACCUGAAACCAGCGUGGAUUUUGCAAAGAAAGAUCAUACCUGACAGAGGCAUAUUUUACUUAAAAUUUUUUGAGAGUGGCAGUGGAGUAAUGAGUAUAGACAGAAACAGAACUAAGUAGAGGAAGUUGUACCUAGGCCUUCCCACAUUUCCAUUUCUCCAGUAAAUUCCAGCUAGUGGCUGGAGGGUGAAGAGUAGGGGGAGAGCCUUUUGCUUUUAUAUCCUUGACUAGCACACUUAGAUAAUACACGACAUGUCUUAAUUUAGAUAGAAGUAGAUAUUAUUAUUAUAAUCAAAAAGAAGCGCUAAGCCACAAGGGCUAUACAGCGCUACAUAGAAGAUAGUUCUCAGCAGAUAGCCUUGGCGUGGAUUCACAAUUCCUUUGCAAUCUGUGUUUCCCAUAUACUCUCAUGUACACAUGGGAACACUGGAAGAUAAGGUAAUCAAUCCCUCAGUGCUUCUUAAUAAAGAUACCCAGAUGUUGCACAUGUCUUAUGCACCACCAUUAUUAUCUUCUCUUUUAUUGUUUCCAUGUUGGUUCGUUAGUGCCAAUUACAUAUAUAAAAGUGGAACAAUUAUAUAAUCUUCACAAGUGCUGAGGUAAAAAGCGAAGAAAGAAGUCACUUCGUUGCGAGAAAUUAUUGUAAGGUUCACGGAAAGGAAUUUCCUGUGUUCAUAGCUGAAUUUUUUUUUUUAUAGUAAAUACGUUUUUUCUGCGGCUGUUUUUGUCCAAGCACUGCAUAAUCCUAUGGGUUUAGUGCUUCCUCCUUGAUUAUGAUAAUCUACAGCUGUUUAAUGUUGACUAAACAUGUUAAGUGUUCAGUGUAGAAUGUAAUUACUGCUACAUAGCAACUCUUGGUCAGUUAGGUUCACAAAAAAAAAAAAAAUAUCUCUUCACGUUUAAAGUUUGUAAAUUAAGCUAAACCAUUUUACAGUACUUUUUUUUUCGCCAGUUGUCAGUAUUUAAUACAUAUCGGUGAUGUGGACCAGACAUCUGUUCAUUUUUUAGCUUCUAUUGAUACACAGGUGUAGAAAGACACGUAAGCAAACACUAUAACAUAUUUAUUAGAAAACGUUUCGGUCCUGGAACCUUGAUCACUUCUUCACUUGAUCAAGGUCCCAGGACCGAAACGUUUUCUAAUAAUAUGUUAUAGUGUUUGCUUACGUGUCUUUCUAAACCAACUUGUCGGUAUUUAUUACCAAGGUUUAUACCAUACACAGGUGUAAAUAAGGUAGAAUAUCCCGUGUCUUUUACAAUGGCGCUUAUUCUUGAAAUUAACAAAUAAACGAACUUACUCAGAAACUGAAAAUUGUUAGGUGUUGAUUAGUCAACCACUAAUUUAAGAUAUGCACACUUAAAGACAUGAAAUAAUGAACAGUGGUCCCUAAUUGCAGGAAAUUCAACAAAAUAGAAAAAAGACUAAUACAGCUUUUGUAUUCUGGCGUUCCCCUUACUUUGAGUAUUGUAAUUUAUAUAUAAUAUAUAUAUAAUAUAUAUAUAUAAUAUAUAUAUGUAUUAUAAAUUUCAUAUAUAUAUGUGUAUGUGCGUGUGUAAAAAUGUAAAGCCGACCUUUAAUCAUGUGGAAGAAUAUACACUGCAAGACUGUUUUGUGGAAGAUUAAGGCACAGCGAUUAUUAUUAAUUAACCUUUGUGGGGUCAGUCGGUGCAUGGAGGGCUCGAUCCUCCGUUCGCUGAACGCCGCUCAGCUUCUGUAUCCCCAGAUGCGAAUUAAAACGUCAACAUCUACACCGGUGUAGAAUUUAUUAUUUUUCACUUUACCUAUGUGGAGUUUUAAAUAUUUUUUUUAAUACCAAAGUUAAAAUGUUGACGUCAAUACAGGUAAGAGAAAUUUAAUUUGAUUCUGUUAGGGCCACACAAAUUCCCAUCAGUUCACUCACAUUAAGUCAAAAUUUUAAUCUAUAAUAAAUUGAGAUAUAAAAGUAACUGGAAACUUUUAGUUUCUUAUAUUUUGUGUAGCUAUUUUUACGCUCAAUUGUUAGACGCAUCAUUGAAGUGUAAAUAUGUAUACAUAGUGUGUAUGAUGGUGUAUAGUGUGUAUGAUGGUGUAUACUUAAUCGUCACGUCAGUGAGUCUGUCACAUGUCAUUCCAAGCAAAAAUGUUGGUAUUUUUAUGAUAAUCAUAAAUAUUAAACUAACUAAAGCGUA